UACUGUUUGAGCCUUGAGGUGAGCUCACAACUUUGUACUCAUUUAAGGCCAUGAACGAACAUGAAGUCCGACACGAGAACUCAGUCGAAUUUCAAACUAAACAUGCUUCUACAUUAUGUUCUAUUCCUUCUCUUGUGGCUUCUGUUGGCAUUGGCAACUUCUGAUUAUGUCAACACAACCCGAAGCCCCACUACCAUAACGAAAGGGGUAUACAUAACCAAGCCGAGAUGUCCCAGCAAAUGUGGAAAUCUAACAGUUCCUUACCCUUUCGGCAUUGGCUUAGGCACUGGUUGUUCCAUAGAUCCAUCGUUUGAAAUCAACUGCAACACUUCUUUUAAUCCGCCCAGGCCAUAUCUGGGCGAUGGAAAUCUCGAAGUUACUGAUAUAUCAGAUUCUCAUAUGCGCAUCAAGAAUUGGGUGGCUGAAAGAUGCUAUAAUCAACUAGGCAACUUGACAGAGUAUUCCCCAGCUUAUAUUUAUUUACCACAAAAUUUUGGCUUCUCUGAAACGAAUAAAUUCACGGUUGUUGGAUGUGACGAGGUAGCAGUAAUAUCAGGAAUGGCGGGGCGUAACUUCACCAGUGGAUGUGUUGCCAUCUGUUCGUCAAAGGAAAGUGUCAUCGAUGGGGAUUGUUCAGGGACGGGUUGCUGCCAAACCUCCAUACCAAAGGGCCUGCAGAAAUUUAUAAUUACAAUGACCAGCAUUAAUAAUCACACUAAGGUCUGGUCCUAUGCUGGUUGUGGUCACGCCUUUCUUGGAGAGCAGGACAGCUUUACGUUUCAUAAAGCGAACCUGUCUGAUUUGACAUUUUUAAACAGAACCAUAGAGAAUGUCCCUGUACUCUUGGACUGGGUGAUGGGGACCCAAAAUUGUACUGAAUCUCACAAAUCCAACAAUGUUAGUUGUCAACAGAAUAGCAGAUGCAUUGAUCCUGAUAAUGGUCUUCAAGGAUACCGCUGCACUUGCUUUCAGGGUUAUGAGGGCAAUCCAUAUCUUCAUCCAGGCUGCAGAGGUCAGACCCAAGUUUUUGCACCAUAAUUAAUCAGAAAAUGAAAAAAUUGCUCCACACGAUUUUCAGACCCUAAUGAGAUUAUUAUCCUUGUUUAUAUGUCAGAUAUCAACGAAUGCAAUCAAAAUCCAUGUGAUCCAAGAGGGAUUUGCACUAAUACUCCAGGUAGUUAUAAAUGUUCAUGUCCGCACGGAUACCUUGGUGAUGGCAGAAAAGAUGGUCAUGGCUGCAAUAAACGGCCUCCAGUAUUCCCGAUGAUCAAGUU